GUGUUUCCGCAGUGAUUACGGCCUGUGCUACCUGUCUCUGCGCACCAGCAUCGGGCUCUGGACGGCCUUCCUCUGCCUGCUGUUGGUCGCCACCGACGCCAGCUCCAUGGUCUGCUACAUCACCCGCUUCACCGAGGAGGCCUUCGCUUCCCUCAUCUGCAUCAUCUUCAUCUACGAGGCUCUGCAGAAGCUGGUGCACCUCGGGAAGCAGUUUCCCAUCAACAUGCACAACCAGCUGGACAACCUCACCUUAUACACGUGCCGCUGCUCUCCUCCUGCCAACGCCUCCACAGACACCCUGCAUCAGUGGAGCAACACAAACGCUACCUCAGAAAACAUCCGCUGGGACGAGCUGACGGUGAAGGACUGUAAGGAGUUCGGGGGGGUGUUUGAGGGCUCGGCUUGUGGCCCCCUCGGCCCCUACGUCCCCGACGUCCUCUUCUGGUCCGUCAUCCUCUUCUUCACCACCUUCUUCCUCUCCUCCUUCCUCAAACAGUUCAAGACCAAACGGUACUUCCCCACCAAGCAACAACACGUUUAG